GGGCGUGAUCGUCUCAGCCGCACUGUGAAGGGGGCCGUCCCUGUUGGUGGAGAUCUGCCCGAGGAAGGCCCACCUAGUGAUCAUUUGAAGAUAUCUCCCAUUUAGACGGUAGUUUGACUCGACUGUAUCAGAAGGGGACAAGUCGAAGGCUAUUUGUAAAUAGUAGCUUGGCCAAGAUGGAUGUGUUUAUGAAGGGUUUGUCUAAAGCGAAAGAGGGGAUGGCUGUGGCUGCAGAGAAGACCAAGGAAGGAGUUGCAGUUGCUGCUGAAAAGACAAAGGAAGGAGUCAUGUUUGUAGGUAGCAAGGCCAAAGACAGCGUGGGCACAGUGGCUGAAAAGACCACCGGAGCUGUCGGGAACAUCGUCGCUGCUACCGGCUUGGUGAAGAAGGACGAGUUCCCAGCUGACAUGAACCCUGAGGAGUAUGGGCAGGAGGCCAUGGAGGGCCAAGGAGAGGCAAUGCUGGAGCCAGAAGGGGAGACAUAUGAUGAGUCCCAGCAGGAGAGCCAGGACUACGAGCCAGAAGCAUAAGAGCAUCAGUCGAAGCCACCGUCCAACCAGCAGCACAAUAAUAUUUCUAAUAAUAAAAAGGACAAAUGCUGAAACUAUUACAAUUAUAUUCCUGUUGCAAAAAAAAAAGAAAAAAAACAAUAAAAAAGACAAGCAUUCCCACUGAAAAAUGUUCUUCCUUCAAGACAAAUCUUUUAUUAUUAUAUAUUGUAAAUGUCAUGUUCUUAAUGUAAUGUGUUGGGUGUAGGUAUUUAUUGAGAUGUAGGAUUUGUCCUCACGGUCUCAUUUCCUUGAUUCCCUCCCAAUGAAAUGAGACCAGAACCAGGGCUUGUGACUUUGUACUUGUGUGUAUCUGUAUUUAGAAAUGUGCAAUAGAUGUUCAUCAUCUUCCAAUGAGACAUUGGGAGUGGUAAAAAAUAAAUAUGACCGGUUGCAAGCAGAUAUGAAUACAAUAAUAUCCUCCUAAGUGUCGACAAUGCCUGUUUGUGGAAUUCUAUUUUUCUUUUUGCAUUUCUUUGGAAGUUUAAUUUGAACGUUUCUUGAAGUAAGAGUUUUUUACAUUGUAUCUUUAUGAUUGCUUGUGAAAUCAUUCCAGUAAACUAUCUGUUAGAAACUGACAGAGUGUACACGUUUGUUUGUGUGGGUGUGUGGGUGUGUGUGUGUGUGUGUGUUUGUUUGUGUGUACUGAAGAUUUUAUCAAGUUAAAGUCAAUAUAUUAUGUCUUGGAAUCAUAAUGGUUGUCAUAUCAAUAUGUGCUUUAAAUUGCAGGACUUGUCAAUAUAAAGGGUUACAUGUUAAGCCAGACAUACAAAUCCUCUGUAAAUAAAAGGUUAAAAAACA